CGUCCUCGCCACGCCCCUUCCUUGCUUUUUGUCUCCGCGGCGGCUGGCCGCGCACCAUAACCCACGCGUCCCGAAUAGGAUCACCUUGGUAGCAGUCCGAAUUGUCUCAGCCCGAUGAGCCUGGGAAUGUGUAAUUGUACAGGCGAUCAUCAUAAGGCGGCCUUUGUCUUGGGUGGCCUUGCAACUUGGACCCUUCGCCCCUGUGUUGGGCCAUGAUCUCGCCGCCCACCGUUCUCCUUAGCCCCUGUCAAGUCUUGACGACUGAACAGGCAGAUAGCAGAGUCCAGACAGUGAUCGAUCUUUACCGCGAGAGAGAGGAGACAUCUUGGACGCUGCCGACGAAUCAUCGUCGCCAGACAAACGACGCGUUUGAAGUCUUGCGUCGUUGUGUCGGGGUAGUGGAAGGGAUGCUGAUAAAGAUCUGUAUGUUCUUCGACGAUACUGUGCUACACAAUGUCGUUGCGAUUGUAGUAUGUGCUCACACUCAGCGGGAGCUGUACGCGGUGUCCUAUCCCAACGAAGCCUCUACUCAGUACAUCAUGCUCCACACCGUCAUGGAGGACAUGACGCGCUAUCUCGACAGCGUGGUCACCAAGCUCGACGAUGCCCUGGUGUGGCUCCAGUCCGUCGAGGGCAAGGACCAUAUCCGAACCUCCAAUGAAACCAUCCGCGACAUGCACCUAUCGUUACGCCGGUUCAGCUGCCGAAAGGUCUGCGCACCUGAUGCCGCUCCCUCCGCGCCCUUCCCCGUACCCGAGUUCGGCGGUCAUAUGAUGCCCAUUCUGCCUGACUGCCGUGGGCUCUGCGAGCCGUACUUCGGGAUCAAGGGCUGGCCGCAGAACUUCGAGCACAUGCACUCAAUCGACUUGAACGCGUUGCCGGACUGGACGCUCCGCGACCGGAACUGGGUGCCCAUGUCCGUGCCUCUCGAGGAGUACAUCGUGCAGCGCAGGGAGCUUCGGCGUCAGCGCGACGCUACCCAAAAAUGUACCACAUCUCCAUUACAGAGGUUUCUCGUCUCUACUUCGCGGGACUCGCCUAUUGAUAUCCCGCCCACCUCGUGCAGGCGCCCGCCAGUGGCUCCGACCUCGACCGACACGGGCUAUGUGUCGGGCCCGCCUGGAACAUUGCUGGAUGACACAGAUACCUCGCGUUCGGCGUCGACGUCGGAUUCGAAGAAACGGCGGCGACUCGUAGACGAUCCUGCUGGCUCCUCGCUCUCUGAGGCGGGGGCGACGGUCUCCGAGUCGCCUCGCGAUACCAAGAGGAUCCGGCGCCAUUACUCGUGGCCGAACGACAUACCUCCUCCUCCUCGGAGAACGAUACGGCGCCGAUUCACGACACCGGCCCCGCUGAGUGUCACAUGCGUCUCCCCGUCUGCGGACGAGGCGAUGGACGUUGACCGUGAAUCGCCGGACGCUCUCUCUGGGCCUACUCAGUUCGGACCACCCGGACUAGACGACAGCUCUGGUGACGGAUCUAGUAUCUCGGCGUCGGACGUGCUGGACGAGACGGAGGUCGCUCAGCGCGAUACGUCUGCGGAGCGACACGAUACCCCACGUUGGCAUGGUGCCACUGCCGCCACUGACAAGCCAACCGACCACCAUGGACCGGGGCCGUCGACUUGGCUCAGGAAGCUGUGGAGGAUAUUUGGCUGGAGGGGAUGAUGCUACUUUGACAUGACGUCGGGGAACCGUAUCAUCCCUCGAACUCGUUCGAUGGGCCACAUAUCUGGCAGCGCGCUGCUUACCUCUCGGUUCGCGCGUAGCGCGUCGGCACCCGACGUAGUCUUGAUGUGCGUGGGGGUAAUCAACGCCCUCUGCGGGGACGCAAGACGCGUUCAGGGUCAACAUAUAGGACAUAGGACAACCCCGCAAGGCGCGCCCAACGCAAAUGCAAUAGCUUUCGAUCUCUGCACCCUGCUUUCGACGAUCUGUGCACGUGAAGAUCGGGUCCGACCUUCACCAUGCUGUGUAUAGGCUUGUUAUCACCGUGUUGUGUGUAUGUACUUAUGACUAGGUAAUAUUUGGAAAUGCUAUGCUUGUCUAUGCCGAAUGAAAGCGAUAUUGAUCGACGUGAC